UCUCUCUCUCUCUCUACCAUUGCAAUCAGUUUUUUUUCUUUAACUUGGACUGAAUAGUCAGACUCGAGUAUGUUAAUCCGUCCACCCUUGCAUCAUCAACCCUAGCGAGAAAGAAUCAAUCUAGCAUCACUAGAAAAUUACCCCCGUCCGUACACCCAAAAAAAAAUCAAGGGGAAGGCACGGCAGAGAGUGAUCACUUAGUUAAUCUCAUGCUCAGGUACGCCACCAACCAUACUAAACGUAAGUGACUCCUGGGCGACAGGGCGGACAUGCGCGGAUACGUGUCGUUUUGCCUCCCCUGACCCUCACGCUCUCCCCGUCCUCGCAGACGCAUCGCACUCCAUGGCCCCAUGCCCCGUGGCAGACCGGGUCGUUGUCUCCAUUGCACGUCCAUGUUAUUCCACAACCCCUUUAUAGGGACCACCCCGUCGCUCCUCCUCCCUCCAAUGUCCUUGGUGUGGUCAUGGUGGCGAGCGUCGAGGGGAGCCCAGCUGAGCAUUAGUCAUAGCUCCGCCUACCUAGUAUGCAGCUCUAACCCAAUCCGUGUUCUACCUAGUCGUGACAACUGAUAGGUAGAGGUUGGUCUUGCUACGGAGGAGCGGAAGGCCUGGCCAUGGCGCUCGAAGCCGUGGUGUUCCCGAAGGAGCACCUCGCGUGCACGGCCAAGGCGGGCGUGGCCGCGCACCUGGCGUCACUGGGGUGCGGCUUCGACAUUGACGACCUCGAGGAGAAGGGCGGCGUUGUUCUGCAAGAGGAGGCCGCCGCCGCCGCGCUGCCGCUCGGUGCCAGCGCGGCCACCGCAUGGGACGCGGCGCUCUGCCCGUGCUCCGUCGCUCCUGGCGCCGUGGAGGAGUGCUGGGACGCGCAGCGACGCCUCUCCGCGUCGCCGCCGCCGGUGCCGGUGGCGCCCGGGCGCGGCAAGGCGGCCGCGUCGGCGGCGCGGAGGCGGCGGCGGCGCCCCAAGGCGGUGAAGAACACGGAGGAGAUGGAGAGCCAGCGGCGCAACCACAUUGCCGUGGAGCGCAACCGGCGGCGGCAGAUGAACGAGUACCUCGCCGUGCUCCGCUCCGUCAUGCCGCCCUCCUACGCGCAGCGGGGUGACCAGGCGUCGAUCGUGGCGGGCGCCAUCAACUUCGUCAAGGAGCUGGAGCAGCUGCUGCAGUCGCUUGAGGCGCAGAAGCGGCGCGCGGGCUCGUGCACCGAACCACAGCCGGCGGCGGCGCCAUUCGCCGGCUUCUUCACGUUCCCUCAGUACUCGACCGGCGCGACCGGUGCUGUCGGCUCCAGUGAUAGUUCUAGUUCCGCUGGCGGUGAUCAGAGCGGCGGCGGCGGCUGCGCAGGGGCGCGGCGGGGCGUGGCCGACAUCGAGGUGGCCGUGGCGGAGAGCCACGCGAACGUGAAGGUGCUCGCGCCGCGGCGGCCCAGGCAGCUGCUGAGGAUGGUAGUGGCGCUGCAGUGCCUCGGCCUCACCGUGCUCCACCUCAACGUCACCACCACCGCCGACCACAUGGCCUUCUACUCCUUCAGCCUUAAGAUGGAGGACGAAUGCCGGCUAUCGUCGGUCGACGACAUCGCCGCCGCGGUGAACGAGAUCGUCGCGAAGGUCUUCGACGAGCGCGUCAGCCAGUUAUUAGCUGCUUAUUAAUUAGCUGGAAGAACAGUGCUAAGCAAGUGUCAUGUAUUGUAGCAUCAAUUUGAUCCUAGUACAUGGAUAACUCUGGCAAGUGGCAAAUCGCGCCACUGUCAGGGCAGUACUAUGAACUCCAUGUUUGCGUGCAAGAAAACAUGUAUCGAUUGGACCAGCUUAAUUAUAUGUUUUGCAGCGCAGUACUACUAA